AUUACUUGGCCCUCUCUCUCUCUCUCUCUCUCUUUCAAUUUCUCUCUCCAGAUUUUUUUUCCCCAAUCAAAUCAAAUCACAGAUACUGCUUCGAUUCACUCUCUCGAAGGAUCCAAUCGACCUCAGUGCAUUGCCGGAAGCGAAGAAUCCACGGCCUAUUAGCUUGAAGCUCUGCACAAUUCUCGACGCAUCAGUGAUCUUUUCUCCUCUAGUUUUGGAUAUGGCGGCCUUGAGAAUGCCCAGAUGUAGAGUACGAUAAGUAGGUCGGAAGUGUCGAGGAUGCAGCCGAAACCGCCUCUUCUUCCUCUGGGGACUCUGAUUGGGCGCGAACUGAGGACUGGAAUGGCCGAAAAGCCCACAAUUAAGUAUGGACAGGCUGCUCUGGCGAGAAAAGGAGAGGACUAUUUUCUGAUCAAAGCCGAUUGCCAGAGGAUUUCAGGCAAUCCGUCGACAACAUUUUCAGUUUUUGCGAUUUUUGAUGGACAUAACGGUAUAUCAGCUGCUAUAUUUGCGAAGGAAAAUCUAUUGAACAACGUUUUGAGUGCCAUUCCUCAAGGAAUUUGCAGGGAAGAGUGGCUUCAAGCUCUUCCUCGGGCACUAGUUGCAGGUUUUGUGAAAACAGACAUAGAGUUUCAGCAGAAAGGAGAGACAUCUGGGACAACAGUUACAUUUGUAGUGAUUGAUGGGUGGACUGUGACUGUUGCUUCUGUCGGGGACUCUAGGUGCAUAUUGGAUACACAGGGGGGUGUAGUUUCUCUGUUGACAGUUGAUCAUAGGCUGGAAGAGAAUGUAGAAGAGAGAGAGCGUGUCACUGCAAGUGGGGGUGAAGUAGGAAGGCUCAAUGUUUUUGGGGGCAAUGGGGUUGGUCCUCUACGAUGUUGGCCUGGAGGAUUAUGCCUUUCACGGUCAAUUGGUGACACAGAUGUGGGGGAAUUCAUUGUCCCAAUACCUCAUGUUAAGCAAGUGAAGCUUUCAAAUGCUGGAGGAAGACUUAUAAUUGCAUCUGAUGGUAUCUGGGAUGCAUUAUUGUCUGAUGUGGCAGCACAGUCUUGCCGGGGUUUACCUGCUGAACUUGCUGCAAAGCUUGUUGUUAAGGAAGCACUCAGGUCAAGAGGACUGAAAGAUGAUACAACUUGUCUUGUUGUAGAUAUCAUUCCUUUUGAACAUCUAAUCUUGCCCCCUACACCAAGGAAGAAACAAAAUUUGUUGAGUUCACUUAUCUUUGGAAAGAGAUCUCAAACUUGUGCAAACAGAGCAACAAAUAAGCUUUCUGCUGUAGGGGUUGUGGAGGAGUUGUUUGAGGAGGGUUCUGCAAUGCUUGCAGAAAGGCUGGGUAAGGAUUUUUCCUUAAACUCAAAAUCGGGGCUUCUCCGAUGUGCAGUUUGCCAGGCAGAUGAAACACCAAGUGAGGGUUUGUCCAUUAACUCUGGACGCUAUUUCUCACCUGCAUCAAAACCCUGGGAAGGCCCUUUCCUUUGCUCAAACUGUAGGAGAAAGAAAGAUGCUAUGGAAGGAAAGAGGUGUGGUAAACCUGCAGUGACUGCAUAAUCUGGUAAAGCAGUAAUUGUUAAUACAUUUUUUCUCUGGCAGUGUGAGCAUUCUUGAUUUUCCUUUUGCUUUGGUCAUUCUGUAAGAACAUUAUUAGGAACCCAAAGUCUAGGUGUUCUGCCUAUUGGUAAGAGCUUUGAGCGAUUGUGGUUUUGAGUGGCUGUCGGAUUGAGUGAUGGAGAACAAAUAUGUGAUCUAACACGUGUAAUAGUAUUGCUAACAGCUUAAAUAUGUAAGUAAAAUUGGUUGUUGCUAAAUGA